CCCCUCCUCCCUCCCACUCCCCGCCCUCCCCGCGGCGGCUGGCGUCGAGAAAGUACAGUAAAAAGUCCAAGUGCAGCCGCUCGGCGCACAAGAUGGGGUCCGGCUCCUCCAGCUACCGGCCCAAGGCCAUCUACUUGGACAUCGAUGGGCGCAUUCAGAAGGUGGUUUUCAGCAAAUACUGCAACUCCAGUGACAUCAUGGAUCUGUUCUGCAUUGCCACCGGCCUGCCUCGGAACACAACCAUCUCUCUGCUGACUGCGGAUGACGCCAUGGUGUCCAUCGACCCCACCAUGCCUGCCAAUUCAGAACGCACCCCGUACAAAGUGAGACCGGUGGCCAUCAAGCAGCUGUCUGAGAAAGAAGAAUUAAUCCAGAGCAUGCUGACCCAGGUCGUAGAGCAGUUCUCAAGAGCGUUUAAGAUCAACGAACUCAAAGCCGAAGUCGCGAAUCACCUGGCCGUGCUCGAGAAGCGCGUCGAACUGGAAGGCCUGAAAGUGGUGGAGAUUGAGAAAUGCAAGAGCGACAUCAAGAAGAUGCGGGACGAGCUGGCGGCCCGAAGCAGCAGGACCAGCUGUCCCUGUAAGUACAAUUUUGUGGACACCAGCAAGAAGAUGACGCCCCGGCGUGAUGUCCCCACUUACCCCAAGUACCUGCUCUCUCCAGAGACCAUCGAAGCGCUCCGGAAGCCCACCUUUGACGUCUGGCUCUGGGAGCCCAAUGAGAUGCUGAGCUGCCUAGAGCACAUGUACCACGACCUGGGCCUGGUCCGAGACUUCUCCAUCCACCCCGUCACGCUCAGGAGAUGGCUGCUCUGCGUGCACGACAACUACAGAAACAACCCUUUCCACAACUUCCGGCAUUGCUUCUGCGUGACCCAGAUGAUGUACAGCAUGAUCUGGCUCUGCCGGCUCCAGGAGAAAUUUUCCCAAAUGGAUAUCUUGAUUCUAAUGACGGCAGCCAUCUGUCACGAUUUGGAUCACCCAGGGUACAACAACACGUACCAGAUCAACGCCCGCACGGAGCUGGCCGUCCGUUACAAUGACAUCUCGCCCCUGGAGAACCACCACUGUGCCGUGGCCUUUCAGAUCCUCGCCCAGCCCGAGUGCAACAUCUUCAGCAACGUGCAGCCGGACGGGUUCAAGCACAUCAGACAGGGGAUGAUCACUCUGAUUCUAGCCACGGACAUGGCAAGACACGCAGAAAUUAUGGAUUCUUUCAAAGAAAAAAUGGAGAAUUUUGACUACAGCAACGAACAGCAUGUGACCCUCCUGAAGAUGAUUCUGAUAAAAUGCUGUGAUAUCUCCAACGAGGUGCGUCCGGUGGCAGUUGCAGAACCUUGGGUGGACUGCUUGUUGGAAGAGUAUUUCAUGCAGAGCGACCGCGAGAAGUCGGAAGGCCUUCCCGUGGCCCCUUUCAUGGACCGGGACAAAGUGACCAAAGCCACGGCCCAAAUUGGGUUCAUCAAGUUUGUCCUGAUCCCCAUGUUCGAAACGGUGACCAAGCUCUUCCCUGUGGUCGAGGAACUCAUGCUGCGGCCCCUUUGGGAAUCCAGAGACCGUUACGAGGAACUGAAACAAAGAGAUGACUCCGUGAAAGAGAGGGAGACGGAGAGCUUGACGGCGGGGGGCACCGACACGUCGUCGUCGUCGUCGUCGAGAGAGAAAAGCAGAGAUGUGAGAAACAGAGAGGAGGGUGCUAUUCUGAACUGACGUCUCGAUGCACAUGACGGAGCCUGGAGGAGGCAGGACGAUGCGGGCCGUGGUUCUGGACCAGGCUGGCCGAGCCUCGCGAGCCGUCCGCGUGGGUGAGAAGUUCAUUCCGAGCGCCUGACUCCACGAGACCACGUUUUCUAAGAACUGUUUUGUUCACUGAUACAAAAAAAAAAAAAAAAAGGAAAACGGAAUUCAUGAUGCUGUACAGAAUUUUUAUUUUUGAACUGUCUUUUAAAUAAUAUAUUCUUAUACAGAAACGGGUACUGUACUUUUUCUUUGUAGUGUUGUGUAUCCGGGGGCUGCGUCUGGCAGUCCCCAGAGCCCCCGAGCUCUCACGGGGGGACAGGAACUGUGCUUUGCUCGCAGAUGUGUCUGCACGGUGUGAUGUGACGCUCCCUCCCGUGUAAAUUCAGAAUUAAAUGCCAGGCGGUGCCCGGAGCACAAGG